AUGCCUGGUUUUGCUGUGAUUCCGAUCCAGGCCGACUUUCUGUCCAAUAUGUGUCUUCAAAUGUCCAUGCGCCACAGUACUUUCGGACCAAUGAUCUCUCUCUUUCUCUUCUCCCUUCUCAUGUCCAUAAUUGAUUCUUCCGAACAUAGUCAAUCGCACGUUGUUGGCUCGAAAUCUGAUUCCAUUCACCCUUUCUCUUUGUAUCCUGAGACUUCGCCUAUUUCUUGCUCUGCCUCCAUCAGGUAUGACUCUCCAGAAGUCGACCUGAUCGACAGAGAUUACGUUUUUCUUGAUCCUGAAGAAAUUGUAGCCUCACACUAUGAUCCCGAAUCAGGUCGUCAUUUCCCCGUCACUCGGCACCAGAUGUUGGCCGAUUCAGAUCUCGCUGCACCCCCUCAUGAUUCUCAACUCUUUCCGGCAACUAUGCUUGAUAAGUUAGCUGCUCACUGCGAUGACCCGUUGCCUAGUUACUGGGAAUUCAUAGAUAAAGUAUCCAUCGCCUUCGUUGAGAUGGGCUUUAAUUUCACACGCUAUCCUUACUCUUCGACUUUUUAUGUACGGCUUCUUCGGGCCUUGCGCGUCGACUUUAUGUUACUUUCUCUGGGGGUUGGAGUGAUCUUCACUAUAACACGCUAUCUCUUCGCAGCCUGGAUUCUGAAAGUAAGCUUGAAUGUUAUUUUUCGAUAUGGUCUUACUCUAUAUUUCUUUCUAUCGAAAGGCCUGAUUACAUUAUAUAUUUACCUUGAGGUUUUGUUUAAAAUAUGCAUUCGACUAAGAAGGAUAGCCAUCCAAGUUUGCUUUAUACUGUAA